CAUUACCGUCCAACAUUACACAAUCCCAACCUUCUUCUCUCUCUGUCUCUCAACCAAAUAAAAUGCAUCUCUCCACCAUCCUGUCCUUGGCAGGCGCCGCCUCCCUCGCCACGGCAGCAGCAGUGGACACCCGCAUCCCGCGCAUGGGCGCCUUCUCCACGUCGAACACGCUGGGCUGUCCGCUCGCGAGCGUGGACAACGGGGUCAACGAGUUCGCCAUCGGCAACCAGAGCGACCAAUGCCGGACGUUUUAUGAGAACGCCACAUACCCGACCAUCCAUGUGUAUUAUUGGAUCCCGCAGUGCUUGCUUACCGUGUUCAAUACGGCGGAUUGCAGUGAUCCCGGCAUUGUUAGCGGAACGGGCUGCUGGAGUCCGCCUGGGGGUGUGGCGGCGUAUAAAAUCACGUGCCCGUAUCUGUGAGUUGUUUAUGGCAGCCGUUUGAGAGGGGGGGAGUUGAAAAAGGGGUGGAUACGCAUGGGACAGACAUCACCCAUGCAUUGUUGAUUCGACCCGGACGUGAAAGGGACACGUUCGGCGGGUUCAUUCAUCGGGCCAGAGGGACUGACCAGUCCGGGGCGAACAUUGGUACGUUCAUCAGUGCAAACACAAAGGGCUCCGAAGAAUGUUGAGGACUUGAUGACAAGAAGGGUCAGCGGAUGGUCGCACGGCGUAGCGGGGGCCAACUCUUGGGCUCAAAGACCUUCCAAAGUAGAGCGCAAGAAAUGUGUUUUUGAUGUCCAGCGUAUGCCAUGUUGAAUCAAGCAUGAGGUGACCAGCAUCCGGCGACCCUGCCUCAACGGUUCUGGU